ACUGGCCAGGAUCUGUGUUAAACUCCAGAAUGGAUUCCUCUGAAACCCAAGAACUCACAAAAGAACAUACCACAGAUCAAUCAGACAAGUUCUUAUAUCACCAAAAGAGCCAUCUCUCUCCUCCUCGUCAAAACCAUUCACCAACAACCUUCCUCAUCAUCAUCCGUGAACCUUUCCAAUGGCUCCAUAUGCUCUGCAGAGAACUAAACACAAGCUUUGUUAUAGGUGUUGUCAUAGUCUAUGGUUUCAGCCAAGGUUUCUCUUUUUCAUUCUUUAGGGUUGUCUCAGAUUACUAUUGGAAAGAUGUCCAAAAGGUUCAACCCUCUUCAGUUCAACUCUUCAUAGGAUUUUAUUACAUCCCUUGGCUUAUGAAACCAAUUUGGGGACUCCUCACAGAUGUCUUCCCUUUCAGAGGUUACCAGCGCCGACCGUAUUUCAUCGUCGCCGGUGUUAUAGGCUUUGCUUCAGCACUUACAGUUGCUAUUACUGCUAAAUUAUCAGUCCUAAUGGCAUUGCUUUGUCUGAUUGGAGUUACUGCCGGAGUGGCAAUCGCCGAUGUAAUGAUCGAUGCUUGUACUGCAAGGAAUAGUAUCGAAAAACCGGCAUUGGCGCCGGACAUGCAGAGCCUUUGUAUGUUCUGCUCAUCUGUUGGUGCCUUAAUUGGGUAUUCCACUAGUGGCAUGUUUGUUCAUCAUUUAGGGUCUCAGGCAUCAUUGGGAGUUUUGGCAAUGCCUGCUUUACUACUGGUCUUGCUAGGUUUCUUCAUUUAUGAAUUGAGAAGCAAUCGCCCAUGUGAAAAGAAGGUAUCUGAAUUUGACAAAUGGGACAACUUUAGUCAGUUUGUCCGAUUCUAG